AUAAGGAUGUUGUAUGAAAAAAAUUUAAAAUUAUUCUAACUUCUGCAUUUCGGUUUUUGGGUACCUAUAAGGCUUUAAAUAUAACAGGGAUGUAGUAUGUGCCUUACACAAGUUUCCUAACUACUUGACCUUGAUUGAUCCAAAACUAAUACCAAAGUGAAACCAAUGCUUGUUCUGAAACUGCCACGUGUCACCCCUGCAUUUUCUAUGUAUCUGCCACAUCUUUGUUCCCUCAAAGAAGUUGUUAACCUCUUGAAAUUCUCUGCCACUGCAAAGAGCUUGAGAUUUGGCAAAACCAUCCAUGCCCAGUUGGUUGUUCGCAACCAAACUUCAAAGGACAGUGACAUCACUCAAAUAAAUUCACUGAUCAAUCUAUAUUCCAAAUGUGGUCAAUCGAAAUGUGCCAGAAAGCUGUUUGACAGAAUGCUUCAGAGAAACGUAGUUUCUUGGAGUGCCUUGAUGAUGGGGUAUUUGCACAAGGGUGAGGUGUUGGAAGUACUUGGGCUGUUCAGGAACCUGGUUUCAUUGGACAGUGCAUACCCCAAUGAGUACAUAUUUACUAUUGUUCUUUCUUGUUGUGCAGACAGUGGGAGAGUCAAAGAGGGGAAGCAGUGUCAUGGGUAUUUGUUGAAGUCCGGGUUGUUGUUGCAUCAAUAUGUGAAGAAUGCUCUUAUUCACAUGUACUCAAGGUGCUUUCAUGUGGAUUCAGCAAUGCAGAUUUUGGAUACUGUGCCCGGGGAUGAUGUAUUUUCUUAUAAUUCCAUCUUGAGUGCACUUGUGGAAUCUGGGUGUCGAGGAGAAGCUGCACAAGUUUUGAAGAGGAUGGUGGAUGAAUGUGUAAUCUGGGAUAGUGUUACAUAUGUCAGUGUUUUAGGCCUUUGUGCUCAGAUUAGAGAUUUGCAAUUGGGUUUGCAGAUCCAUGCCCAGUUGUUGAAAACUGGUUUGGUAUUUGAUGUCUUUGUUAGUAGCACACUGAUAGACACGUAUGGGAAAUGUGGUGAAGUUCUAAAUGCAAGAAAACAAUUCGAUGGCUUGCGAGAUCGGAAUGUGGUUGCAUGGACUGCCGUCUUGACUGCUUAUUUGCAAAAUGGACACUUUGAGGAAACUUUGAAUCUAUUUACGAAGAUGGAGCUUGAGGAUACACGUCCAAAUGAGUUCACUUUUGCAGUUCUGCUAAAUGCUUGUGCGAGUUUGGUGGCACUGGCAUAUGGUGAUUUAUUACAUGGUCGUAUAGUGAUGUCAGGAUUUAAGAAUCAUCUCAUUGUUGGAAAUGCUUUGAUAAAUAUGUAUUCCAAAAGUGGCAAUAUUGAUUCUUCAUACAAUGUGUUCUCAAACAUGAUGAAUAGAGAUGUGAUUACUUGGAAUGCUAUGAUAUGUGGCUAUUCCCAUCAUGGACUUGGUAAACAAGCUUUACUAGUGUUCCAAGACAUGAUGUCUGCUGGAGAAUGUCCAAACUAUGUAACCUUCAUUGGGGUACUUUCUGCUUGUGUUCAUUUAGCUCUUGUACAAGAAGGAUUCUACUAUUUUGAUCAGAUAAUGAAGAAAUUUGACGUUGAGCCUGGACUGGAGCACUACACAUGUAUGGUUGCACUUUUGGGUAGGGCUGGUUUACUUGAUGAGGCUGAAAACUUUAUGAAGACAACAACACAGGUCAAAUGGGAUGUUGUUGCGUGGCGUACUUUGCUUAACGCGUGCCACAUUCAUCGAAAUUACAAUUUAGGGAAACAAAUUACAGAAACUGUGAUACAGAUGGACCCUCAUGAUGUGGGAACAUAUACAUUGCUAUCAAACAUGCAUGCCAAGGCAAGGAAGUGGGAUGGAGUGGUGAAGAUUAGAAAACUGAUGAAGGAAAGGAACAUUAAGAAGGAACCUGGUGCGAGUUGGCUAGAUAUAAGAAACAAUACGCAUGUCUUUGUUUCAGAAGGAAGCAAUCAUCCAGAGUCUACUCAAAUUUAUGAGAAAGUUCAACAGUUGUUGGCAAUGAUUAAGCCACUAGGGUAUGCGCCUGAUGUUGGUGUUGUGCUGCAUGAUGUGGAAGAUGAACAAAAAGAAGGUUAUCUUAGCCAUCAUAGUGAGAAGCUAGCCUUAGCAUAUGGCCUCAUGAAAAUACCUCCACCGGGGCCAAUCCGCAUAAUUAAAAACCUUAGGAUGUGUGAUGAUUGCCACAUUGCUGUAAAAUUGAUUUCAAAGGCCACAAAUAGGUUGAUAAUUGUAAGAGAUGCUAACCGUUUUCAUCAUUUUAGAGAAGGAUUGUGUACGUGCAAUGACCACUGGUAGCAAUGUGAGAAAAUUUUCUCUCGUGUUUGAUUGAAGUGAGCAUGGUGUUUUGUGAAGCAUAUAUAAAAGAACUCUACAUCAUAUCUGCAUGCACUAAGAGCUUAAGGACAUCAACCGUAAUCUUAUAAUGUCAAUCAAACAUGGAUACUAUAUAUCCACAACAGCAAUAGCCAAGGUGGUAUUUUGUGGGCAUUUGAAUAUCUAGAAAUAAACUCCAUUUUCAAGUGUCACAAAACAGUUUUGAUGGCUUAUCCAAAAAUCUUGCAGGUUUGAACGUUGGAUUGGUUUUUCUUUUUUCUUUUCACCAAAAUAGGUUUAAAAGGAAAACUAAUUACUAUAAUGGUUGGUCAAGAAAAUACUUAUCAAAAUGGGUGAUUUUUAUCAUCUAAAAAUGUAGGAGGCGUCACCUUGAGUGACACCUUGUGUUCUUUAGUUGUCCUGCAACAAGAUGUGAUAUUCUAAUACAUCUCAUCAUCCCGUGAGGUAUUUAGCGUCUCAACUUAGCAUAAGCUCUUGU